GUCGCUCAGUUUCGACAAAGAGCUCGUAGACCUCGCAAUACAUCGUUGCAUUAUCCGUUGAGCGAAGCAGCGACAAUAUUUGAUAAUAUUAGACUCAAUUUCAAGCAAUCCGAAUAUCCGAACGUUUUUAUUGUUUUAAAAAACUGCGCGGUCAUACGACAGAAAUAUGAAGUGCUUGCUAUUGACUUUUUCAUUAUUAUUUCUGAGCACGAUGGGGAUGAGUCGAAAUCAUAUGGUGGAGGACAAAGAUGCUAAGAGACAUCGUAUGAACGAUGCUAGGACGAUAAAUGCGAAGAUCUUCAAGGGUGUAACCUUUAGUUUCUCCUGCGACGGCAGACCGAGCGGUUUUUACGCGGAUAUAGAUUUCAGCUGCACGGUUUUUCACGUCUGCACUCCACAGGGUGAGAGAAUUCCGAUAUUAUGCCCCCACAAAACAUUGUUCGAUCAGAGAAUAGGAAUGUGCACGGAUGAUGAUGACGUUCCUUGCGAUCAAUCGGAGAAAUGGUACUACUUGGACAACUCGAAUUACUACAGUUACUUCAUGUUGCCUAAGAAAUACGAAGAAGUAAUACUCGACGAAAUAGAUGUGUACACAGUUAGACCGCUCGAGGAUCAUUAAAUUCCAAAGAUCUUUGUUUCACGUACCCUCGACGUCCCACCGGCAGAGAUCGCGCAUGUACCUUCCCCCUGGAUCUUGGCGGCUAUCUCCUUUGUGCUCUUGUUGCGGCCAGGUACACCUUUUUUAGCGCGCGCGCGCGCAACUGCCGUAGAACUGCAGGCGAAAAGAAAAGGAGGAGAGGAAAGAGGAGAUGCACGAAGGAGACCUUCGACGCUGGUAGUCCGGAAUAAUCUCAGAUCUAUUCUCGACCGUUCGAACCUGACUGUUCAAGGUUCUUGAAAGUUGUAGCGCCGGUACUUUCGAUAUAGAAUAUUGCAGGCAUUUGGAAGAGUGCAAGCGUCUCGUCUUGCAGUUCACCGAUUUCGAGUGCAAUCGAGACGCGAGGCUUCGCCAUUUUUUUUUCAUCCGGUCUGACGUAUCUGCGUUUUUCUCGUCGCUCAUCAAAGUGAGACAAAGGAACUCGCGUUUAUCGCAUUUAUUCCUUAUUCAGGACUGCAGGAAUAAAUGUUUUAGACUAGAGGAGAGGGUGAAAGAGAGACGGUAGAAUCAAUAUUUAACUUUUGACGCCCUUGCUGCGCUCGAGAAUUCGCUUAAUCACGCCUCGCUUAAUUGUUAUCAGCUGAUUCAGCAUUUGCGCUUUUCGCGGGUUAUGCGUUAAUAAUAGCAAUGGCAGCGUACAUAGCGUAGGAAGAAAGAAAGAGAGAGCGAGAGAGAGAGAGAGAGAGAGAGAGAGAGCGAGAGUGAAAAACAGAUAAGUCGAGCGAUAUGACGUAUCAAUUGAUGACGGGGAUGGUAUACGGUGGGAUACAGUAGCGGAUACAUGCGUGAGAGUACACAUCAUUUAUUUUCAAUCAGACAUUAAUCAGACAUCGUCAGAGAGCAUGACUGCCUUAAGAUCUAUAUGCUGAUAAUUCGAUAUUUAUAUUGCGAUACGAUCGUGCUCGACGCACGAUCGUUUAAUGCCGUGCUAAUAUUAAUAUGACCCUUAAGAAGAUACGAAGUGUCAGCCGCCACCUUAAAAAGGGAAGAGAAAUAUGGAAAAAAUCCCCAUAACAAUGAACGAAAUAAAUAUCUGCUAC